AUGUCUAGCUCUGGAAAAGGAUACACUGUUACCGGCUCCGGCACUAACAGCCAGGGCAACCAUUAUUGCACUCGCGACUACGGUUCCAGCGCUUCUAACUCGAACAGCUACCACUACUCCAAUACCAAUGGAUCCUACUACUACUCCAACCCCAAUGGAAGUACCUACUACAACAGCGGGAAGGGAAGCUCUACCUACACCCCUCCUUCCGGAGGAUCCGGCAAGAAAUAA